ACAUAUAUUUAUUUCUACAUUUAUUUAAUUCAUGGUCAAAAAAAUGUCACCAAAUCCCAAAACUUUGGAAGUUUCAUGAGUAGUUAUUUGACUGGGAAUUAGGUCCUGCUGGUGGUCAGGGACUCCUGGUUGGCUGGAUACAUCAUGGGGUUUGUCAGGUGACCUGGCUAGGGGGAGGUGAGUUCAGGUGCUUUUGUGUUGGGCAAGUCAUUUUACCAGUUUUUUCCUCUGAUGUGAAAGAGGUACUAUACUUUGUCCUAUAACAGGAAGAUCUAAUAAACCACUGAGGAAGAACUUUAAUUAUGUGCUGAGGUGAGGGAUUAUUAUUGUAGAUAUUAAUAGGAUACAGAUACAAGGAAACAAAGUCUCCAGCCUUGGAACGCCUUUCAGGCAAUGGCUGCCGCACAUCAUAACCCCUCUACAGUAAAUGGUUGUUUUCAUGGUUGAUCACAUUUACAAAUGUUGGAGGGAAAAAAAAAAUCCCUCAAACUUUCCAAGAACAGGCUUGCCUUUAUUCAAACCAGUUCACCCAGUUCGCUGAUUUCUUUCUUUCUUUCUUUCUUUCUUUUUUUUGGAGCUAUAAACUCAGAGUAAGCUUUCUGGACUUCCAGAUAGGGCUGAAGGAAAAAACGUUAAACUUCCAGGGGUUCCUUUAUUUGAACACAGGACAGAGGAAGUAGCCCUGAAGUAACUGAUUCUGCUAUUCAGGGCUGUCAAUAAGACCUUCCAGGAACUGACUCCCGGGCCAAAGGAAGUUCCAAAUCUCUUCAUCCAUUGGGUGGUCCGCUUGGCCCGCUGACAUCUAAUCAAACUCACUGUUCAGUGGGAAGGAGGGAGUCAGAGCCCUGUCUAGAGGCGGGAACACCGCUGGGAGGCUGACUACGCGGGUCCUGCGCCCGGAUCGGUGGUGUGUAUGACCCUGUACAAGUCAUUUCUCUUCCGAAAGCUUCACUUUUCUCAUGGGUGUAGUGGAAGGGAUGGAACCUGGUUUUUGCCAGAUCUGACAUCCAGUCCAUUUUGAGUCGGCAGGGAAUCUAGGGCGGGGCUCACUAGCGGCAUCUCGUAAGUGGAUUCCAGGGAAGGAUCCCUGCAGCUCAGGCUCAGCGCCCUAAUUUGGAGCUUUAAGAGCAGACGCAGGUUCUGUCAUUUCUUCAGCCCCUAAACUUGGCCACUUCCUCCUGCUACGUCUUCUUCCUCUUCCUCCAGUGCAGGCAAAGCCCCCACACCUCCCUCUUUUCCUUCCUCCUUUUCAAGCUCCCUGCAUCCCCAGGUCUCCACCCCUUUCUCCUAAGAAAUAAAAUGCCCGCUGUGCGCCCACCUUUUGGCCAAGCCACUGGCCGCUGCGGGCGCCCCCUCCUCCGCCAGGCGAGCGUCGCGCGGCGGCCCUGCGGGCACCCGCCUUCCCAUACCUUACAUGGACAAAUGCGUGCAGGCAAAGUCAGGAAUUCAGGCCCCUGACGUCAGCCUCCAGCUCUCAGGGCACCGCACGGGAGACCAAGGGGAGGGGGUGGGGACGGUGGGAGGAAGGAGGGGGAAAGGCACCAACCAGCAGCCGCUCCGGCCCUGCCGAAGUUUCACUUUUUGUCUGUGGGUUCGCUCCCGGGCCCCGCGCGAGCUUUCCCGGGAUAUAAGUAGCUUUAGCGAGCGGGGGACAGACGGGCGCUGCAAGGAGGAAGUGUCAGACAUGGCCAGAUGAGACAGCCAGGUGACUUCAGUACACGCCGGAUCAAAAUCAGAGGGGCAACAUUGAGAGGAGUUUGAUGAUGCUGCAUUGAGGACACUUAAGGCUCUCAGAGGGAUGGAGCUGUAAGAAUCGCAGAGAUCAUCUAGUGGGAUCAUUGAGGCUCAGAAACAGAACCGAAGACAGAAUCCAGUCACCACGUUCUCAGUCUAGGACUCUCUUUCAUUCUUCUACUGGGCAUUCAUCAGAGGGAAGAUAUUUUUCCUCAAUUGAUUUCAUUGGCAGUGGAUGAAAUAUAAUAAUGCUAAUAAAAUGUGUGGCAAAGAAAAGGCAGGACUCAGCUCUUGGAAGGUGGCAUGAAGAGAAAUUGGAAGAAAAUAUGGAGUAAUGAUGACUUCCGAUUGCCAUUAGGGAAACUGAGGCCCAGCGAGGUAAAAUGACUUCAAGAUCUCAGAGAGGAUGAGGUAGAGAUUGGACUUGAGCUGCUGGGACCCAGGCAGAUGGCUUCCUCUGUGGCCUAGAGUGAUGCAGGCGCUGCUGCAAUGCACAGAAGAGCUUCUCUCAAGACACUGGCAUUGCGGUUUGCUGAAUCUGUAUUCGCUGACUGUUCCGGAAGCCAUUAGCUGAGAUUCUAACAAUGUCUCACCCAUCUUGGCUACCACCCAAAAGCACUGGUGAGCCCCUUGGCCAUGUACCUGCACGGAUGGAGACCACCCAUUCCUUUGGGACUCCCAGCAUUUCAGUGUCCACACAACAGCCACCUAAGAAGUUUGCACCAGUAGUUGCUCCAAAGCCUAAGUACAACCCAUACAAGCAGCCUGGAGGUGAAGGUGAUUUUCUUCCGCCCCCACCCCCGCCUCUGGAUGAUGCCAGUGCUCUUCCAUCCACCCCUGGAAACUUCCCUCCUCCACCACCUCUCGAUGAAGGUGCUUUUAGGGCACAGGGAAAUCCUGGAGGCAAGACCCUUGAAGAAAGACGCUCCAGCCUGGAUGCUGAGAUCGACUCCUUGACCAGCAUCUUAGCAGACCUUGAGUGCAGCUCCCCCUACAAGCCCCGCCCCCCACAGGGCUCUACUAGUGCAACAGCCUCUCCUCCAGUCUCUACCCCUGUCACGGGGCACAAGAGAAUGGUCAUACCAAACCAACCGCCUCUAACAGCAACCAAAAAGUCUACACUGAAACCACAGCCGGCACCUCAGGCAGGCCCCAUCCCUGUGGCUCCAAUUGGAACACUAAAACCCCAGCCUCAGCCAGUCCCAGCCUCCUACACUACAGCAUCCACCCCGUCAAGGCCGACUUUCAAUGUGCAAGUGAAGUCAGCCCAGCCCAGCUCUCACUACAUGGCUGCCCCUUCACCAGGACAAUUUUAUGGCCCAGGGCCAGGGCCGCAGGGCUAUAACACUCAACCAGUUCCAAUGUCUGGCCAGUGUCCACCUCCUUCGACACGCGGAGGCAUGGAUUAUGCAUAUAUUCCACCUCCAGGGCUUCAGCCUGAGCCUGGGUAUGGGUAUGGCCCCAGCCAAGGGCGCUAUUAUGAAGCCUAUUGCCCAGCGGGGCCUGCCUAUGGGGGCAAACAUGACUCCGACCCUGCCUAUGGUCAGCAAGGUCACCCCAAUACCUGGAAGCGAGAACAAGGAUACACUCCCUCCGGAGCAGGAAACCAGAACCCUACUGGGAUGUAUCCAGUUGCUGGUCCCAAGAAGACCUAUAUCACUGAUCCUGUUCCAGCCCCCUGUGCACCACCACUGCAACCAAAGGGUGGACAAACAGGCUCAAAGGGGCCCCCAGCUGUUACCCCCUCUUUCCGCCCGGAAGAUGAGCUGGAGCACCUGACCAAGAAGAUGCUGUAUGACAUGGAAAAUCCACCUGCUGAUGAAUACUUUGGCCGCUGUGCUCGCUGUGGGGAAAAUGUAGUCGGGGAAGGAACCGGAUGCACCGCCAUGGAUCAGGUCUUCCACGUGGAUUGCUUUACCUGCAUCGUCUGCAACAACAAGCUCCGAGGGCAGCCCUUCUAUGCGGUGGAGAAGAAAGCCUACUGUGAGCCCUGCUACAUUAAUACCCUGGAGCAGUGCAGCGUAUGCUCCAAGCCCAUCAUGGAGCGGAUCCUCCGAGCCACUGGGAAGGCCUAUCAUCCUCACUGCUUUACCUGUGUGAUGUGCCACCGCAGCCUGGACGGCAUCCCAUUCACCGUGGACGCAGGCGGCCUCAUCCACUGCAUCGAGGAUUUCCACAGGAAAUUUGCCCCCCGAUGUUCUGUGUGCAAGGAGCCAAUCAUGCCAGCCCCAGGCCAGGAGGAGACUGUCCGGAUCGUGGCUCUGGAUCGCGAUUUCCAUGUUCACUGCUACCGGUGUGAGGAUUGUGGUGGUCUCCUGUCGGAAGGAGAUAACCAAGGCUGCUACCCUCUGGAUGGACAUAUCCUCUGCAAGACCUGCAACUCAGCCCGCAUCAGAGUGCUGACCGCCAAGGCUAGCACUGACCUCUAAAUUCCGUGGCCCAUUUAGCUGGUUAGUUGGUAGCACUGAGAAGAAUGGAAUACAAGAAAAAAUAUAAGAAAAGUAGGAAAAUAGAGGAAAGGCAAUCAAGCUAUGGGAUGGUCUCUGAUCUUCAUCUACUGGUAACCUUUCUGUAGAAACUCAUAGAUUAUGAGGUUGUUUUUUUUUAAUUCUUACCAAAUAACACAUUUCACAUUUAAUCAUGUAGGACCUUGAUGGGCCUUUGUUCCCAAGGACUUCCACAUUUUUACACGGAUUAUGCUCCAUCCCAUUCACUUCUGCAUUCCUGUGACUUUUAAUCCCUAUGUUUGUCUCACUUUUCAUCUGGUUGAAUGGCUUUUUUUAGUGUGGUAUUUGCUGUCACAGUUUUUCCUGGGUGAGCCUGCCAACUCACAGGUGCUUUAGGCUUGAAGGCUCCAUCCUAUUACUUCCACGUUGCCUGUGAUCAUAAAAGGUAGACUUGCUUCCUUUGUGCAUUGAAAAUUAUAUCUUUUUCCCCCCUUGGGGGGAAAAACACACAGUUUAUAUGUUAGGCUAUAAAGAAUUUAAGCUGUAAAUUGCAUAGGUUAAGCAAGCCUAAAUUUAAUUUGCAACCAUCCAAAUUCAAAAUCUAUAGUGACCAGUGGCCGGGGCUCAUUUGAAAACAGAUAUACUAGUGAAAGAGAUCCAAACUUCAAUCUUUUUCUAAAGAAAUUACAGGUGGGAUAUGCUGGAGAAUGCAUUUUGGGGGUAUGUUUGAAAAGCCCAUUAUUAUCCCACAAUAUUAUCUUAAGAUUUCCCUUUUCCAUAUUUGCUAGACACAAUAAUACAAACUUAGCGUUCUCUGGAAUAUAACAUUUUCUAUACUUUCCCACUUUUCAUCAGUAAUAUUGACAUGUUUUUUUCUAAUAUUUAAAUGUGACUACCAAAAUUGACUUUUUUCUCCGGGUAAAGAUAUCUAUAAAGAACAGUUCAAUUUAAUUUUUUUUCCUCCCAGGACCAGGUCCUUUCUGCCUGACAAUUGCAAAUCAGGGCACACAAAAUAAAAAUGUGUAGUUUCGUUUAGUUUGCUUUAAAAAGACAGAAAAACUUAAAAUGAUUGUGAAACCACAGUUUUAUUAUUCUCUUAAUCCUUCUGCAACUCAAAUUACAUAUUGCAGGAGACAUUCUUAUAUCAUUGAUGUGACAUACCACACUUUCAAAGACAAUCACUGACAAAAAAAAAAAUUGCCUUUCUGAGCUUAAAAUAUGCAGAGUCUCUGCCUGGAAUCUUUAUUCAAACUAUUGGGCAGUGAAAUGCUUGCUUACCAACUGCGGAAUCACAAUUUGUUAGGUUCUAACAUGUUUCUUUUAAAGAGAGACACCUAUCUUAGUAAUGGCAGGCUGCCAUUUUUUAAACUAAUUAAAUAUUUUGCAUUGAGAUUUCUUAAAUCUUACUUCAGAUCUUCUACAAAUAUAUGCUUUUAAAUUAUGAAGUAUUUUAAAUAUACACAAAAGUAUAAAUAAUAAUAUAAUGAAUCCCUAUGCAUGUAACACCACCCAGCUUAAGAAAUCAAAUAUAACAAAUGGAAUUAUAUUUCCCUGUGUACCCUUCCCCGAUUCCAUAAAUAUCUUUUUCAUGAUUAUAAAGUGAUAGCCAAUUUUUUAGUGUGGCUUUUUUUAAUUUUUAUUUUUAACAUCCAAAACAGAAAUGAAAAAUUAUUUGUGCAUAUUCUCAAUUUCAACCCAUGCCUCAGGAAUUCCAAUUAAACUUAUUUUACUUUAGUAAGAAUAAUCAUAAAAAUAGUUCACUUAUUUUUUUUUUCCAAUAAGAAAAUCUUAAGCCGAUGGUCACUAUAGCUCAUCCAAGUUAAUUUGUGGCUCAUUUGCUUUGGGCGCCAAACAGUUUUUUUUUAGAAUCACCAAAGUUGUAGCUUUAUGAAGUUUCCUUUGACCACUGACCUCUCCUUCCCUUACUACUCAUAUCCUUGAUCUUACAUUUCUCAUAAUGUGAAGUACAACAAGAUUCACUUUGGGCAGCAUGUGAAUUUUAGGAUACAGUGGUGACUGUAUCUCUGAAUUUCUGCCUUCCAAAUUGAAGGCCAGGCCAUGCUGAUGAUCGCAAAGAGCACUGACUGUUAGACAACGGGGCUGAUAAUAUAAUCUGCUUGAAUUUCUUCAGUAGCUUGUCUUCUAUGAAACACUUGGGAAAAACUGUCUUGAGGCCAAAAGCAAAGAGCCCAAUGUAUUGAAAGAUGGAUUUUUAUCUCUUGAAUAGCAGUCAUAUUAUUAUAAAUGUUGCCAAAAAAGGAAGAAUUUAUGAAAUAUUUAUACUAUAAAAAUGCAAUAACAUCCUACUUGUUUGUUACAUUUAAGUCCUUAUGUAACUGAAUGUUUACAAGCCAAAAAAAAAAAAAGGUUAUAAUAAAAUGCUGUCACAUACCCAUCACUGUGGCAUUGCCAGGAUAAUAGCUUACAAUCUUUAUAGUGCAUUUUUGUCACAUAACCUCAGAGUAUCUUUACCAAAGAUUUUUAAAGUAAAUCUCUUUUAAUAUAGACUUAUAUACUUUUAUAUAAUGAAUGUACACACAUACAUAUGCAGAAAUAUUUAGGUUUAGAUUUUUUCUUUCACAAGGUAUGAUAAGGAAAGGAUCCUGCAAUAUUUUAUUCCAGGAUUUCUUAAAUAUAUGAUUUAUAUUGCUUUCUUGUCUUUUCUAUUAAUCAUUUGAUUUUAAAAAAAUGCCAAUCACUCUUUACUGUUUUAGUUACAUGAAAUUUUGCCUAUAGCAGAGAUACAAAGUUCAUAUUACCUUAAUGAUUAUAAUUCUAAUGUUUUUGAUAUAUUGUCUUAAUUGUUGACAUUUAAAUUUAUAAAUAAUAGAAAAAAAUAGAGUCUAUAAGAGAAUGUUUGUAAAAAUAUACUGGUUUUAAAAAAAUUGUCAAGAGCCCGAACAUUUGGUAAUUCUGUGUAACACGAGAGACAUGAAAAAGGAAAAAAAGCCCACUGUGUCAUAGGCUCUGCAGACCAUUUCAAAAUCAGAUUUCUUCAUUGCCUGGAUCUCCAGCUCAUGUUAACUCAAUGUGGAGCCUCAUGUGCAAACAAAAUUGCCUUUAAAAUUCAAAAAUAAGUCAUGUGUCCCAGCAUAAGGCAUCAAGCCUUUGAGAGGCUGAACGUUCUGCAGCUCAAAGAUGUGGGUUCUUUUUCCUGUCAUUAACAAAGUGUUUCUGUAGGAGCAACUAUAGGAUCAAAACUACUUCAUUGGGUGUAUGCUGAUUAAUGCAGUGGCAUUAUCAACACUAUAAUUGUUUGCUCACUGUGAAAGUUUCCUCUUAGAUGCUUAUGGUGAUGUCUAAAGUAUGUAAAACUCUAACUGCAUUCAAAGAACUGUUUUUAUUUGGGUCCAGAGGAAGAGAGAGAGCACUUUUACCGUGGGCCUGGAGUAGAGGGUUUUAUGGAAUAUAGACAGGACUCUGAAAACACAACUCCCAACAGUUUUCCUAGUUAGUAAAAAUCCUAUUAAUGUGAACCAGCCAGGAAUAACAGUGUUAUUUCUAUUUGAUAUGGCUUGGGCUUCUCUUGUCAAAUCUGUGUCAGCUGCCCCUAUGCCUCCAUUAUCAAGUUUUGAAGGGUGUUGGGAAAAUGAUGGCAGCUGCCAGAGAGAUCAGGGAAACACUGAUGUAACCUCACAGCCUCUCACCAUUCCUCUUGGCUUGGAAAGGCUUUUUUUCCAUAUACAUUUCUAGAAAUAUUGCCAUACUACCUUAGUAUUUCACAUUUGUAGUUUAAACAAGCGAUUGUCCAUCUGUUGCCUGCAGCUACAGUACAUGUGUGUUAUGAAAUAUGACAGCAUGUUCCAUACCCUGCUUUAGCCAUCUGUAGGAAACCAGUAGGCUGAAAAAGAUAUACCUCUGUGAAAUGUUCCUCGAGUCCCUUUCCUGAGAUUGUUCUUUUGGUGCACUUUCAUGGGAGACAAUCAGCAGCAUGUACGAGUACGUGUGCCUUAUUUUUAGAGAAUCCUGACACUACUACGAAUACUCCACUGAAGAAUCUGUAACAUUAACAAUCCCCAAAUCUCGAAGAUGUACUCAUCAAAAAGUCCAACAAAAUCCCGAGAAGUCUGAACUCUUCCUCUUAAUCUAUCCUAAUAGGAUUUCUUUUCUCUUUGAUCUCUUGGAAGUACCUUAAUGGAUUCCUACAUGGGGGAAACAUUCUUGCGGCCACGAGGUGAUGUAUUGGAUAUUGUCAGCGAUCAAGUUUGGUCUUAACUCUGGUUUUAGUCAGAUAACGAGGACAAGACUUCACCUUGAGCCUUUAACCCUCAUUCAGCAUAUUGAUUUUUUUUCAAUUGUUUUUUGCUUUGUGUGUUAAUUUAAUAGUGAACAGAAGAAGUUGAGAAUCCUGGUUCUGAGUCAUCAUGGUGCAUCCAUGAACAACUUAUCACGUUGAAGUAUUUACUUGACAGAUAUCUAGAAUGAAAUUUUUCUCAUAAGGCUGUUGUUUCGUUAGUGUAUCAUUUCAAACCUUUAAGAAAAUUAUCUAAUUAAAACCAUGAGACUUGGUGAGAAUUUUUACUCCCUCCUUUUCUACCACCUUUCUUCCUUCCUUUCUUUCUUCCUUCCUUUUUUUCUUACCUCUUUCCUUCCCCCCGCACCCCCCCUUAUGCCUUCCAUCCAUCCUAUCUAUUAAUUCAAUCCUGUUGGGCUUCCCAUAAAUAAAUCAAUGCAUUACAAUCCUUAUUAUGAUCAUAUUAAAGGAAGAAGGCUACCACAAAAUAUAUGUGGCAAUCAUAAACCCUGCCUUUAAAAGGGCAUAUUUUCUAGAUUGUGUUUAUUCAUAAAAUAAGAUAAUAGAGUCUUUCAGUUUUAUUUUAAUGAGUUUUCAUUAGGGACACAGAUCAUAGAGUUCUUGGGGCAAAUUCAUUAAUAACUAGCCUCCUUUUCUCAGUUAUAUGCAAAAGAACCUUUCUAAGACUAGGUUAAGGUUUUGUUUUUAAUCCAAAGCAUUUUGACCAACACAACAAUGAUAUGUUUAGUGGUAGCAUGUUAUUUUAUUCCACUGAAACUCGAUAAUUUUUCUUAUGGCAAGGAAACACUAUUAUCCUUCUGGAAUUUUUACACAUAUCAGCAUUUUGCCUAUGACAGUGAUGUUCAGCCUUAAUAGUUGAAUCACAAUAUUUUGCAGGGCAGGGAGUCAGCACCAGAGCUUUGCCUGGAGCACAGAAUACAAGUCUGUUUAGAAAAAGCAACCCAAGAACAAGACGUCUGGGUUCCUCAUUGGAGCUUUUUUUUUUUUUUUUAAUUUGGGCCUGAGAUUUUUUUGAAGUUUGGCUAAUACUGG